AUGGUUCUCGACUCACCAUCAGGUCAUGACAACAAAGAAAUAACACUACAUGCUAAAAAAUAUGACCCGUACAAACACAUUCUCGUAUGGCCCAACGCAACUAAGUUUAAGCUUUUGGAAAAAGGAGAUGAGACUUUUGUAAGAAACAAUUGUGAGUACAAAAACUGUUUCGCUACUGACGAUGUUCAUUCACUGUCAAGUGUAAAAGAUUUUGACGCUGUAGUAUUCAAUGGCGUGGAUAUAACUGUACUACAAAAGAGUGAGUUGUUGAAGGAAAGAUCACCAACGCAGAAGUACAUUUUCGCUGCAUACGACUCAGCAGCGGAAGUGCCGAUCUGUUAUGAACAUUUUGAUACAUUCUUUAACUACACGUGGACAUACAAACUUGACUCCGAUUACGUUGCGACAUAUUUUAACAUAUACGAUUUGAAUGGCAAAGUUAUUGGACCGAGAGUGAGUAUGAAAUGGGUGAACGAAAUGUAUCCAAUAAACAAAAAGUUAAAAUCUAAAUUGUCAAAGAAAACCAUAGCAGUUGCUUGGUUUGUAUCACGUUGCAAUACUCUGAGUCAGAGAGAAGAUUUAGUUAAAAAACUAAGAGUGCAACUUGUGAGAUUUGGCUUAGCUGUAGAUAUUUAUGGAGAAUGCGGAUCCCGUAAUUGUCCUAAAAAUGAAUCUAAGAAAUGCAACAAGCUGAUUGAGCAAGACUAUUUUUUUUAUUUAGCUUUUGAAAAGUCGCUGUCACUAGAUUAUGUCACGGAAAAGCUGUCUAGAGCUCUGGAUAAUUAUGCGGUGCCGAUCGUUUUUGGCGGAGCAAAUUAUACUAGAUUUGUCCCUGAAGGGGCUUACCUUGAUGCCGUAAAACUUGGACCUCAAGAACUUGCGUACAAAAUAAACGAGGUCAUCAACAACCAUACAGCAUACUACGACUUCUUCCGCUGGAGGAACCACUACGCUUAUGGUUACAACCAGGAUCCGAUGAGGCAGGAUGUGUGCCAGCUAUGCGCUACGCUUAAUGACAAGAAGAAGAUGUCCAAGGUCACCAUUUGGCAGUCGUUCAGAGAGUGGUGGAACGAAGGGAGCUUUGAUUGUAGAUACCAUGAGGUUUUUUAUUAG